AUGUCUAGGAGUUGGAUUGAAAGAUCAAAGGAUCCAUCCUUUAGAACGUCUGCACUAUACAUGCAGGAGGUUGACAAAUUCCUAGACUAUGCAUUUUCUAAUGCAGCAUGUGGGACUCAGAUCUUAUGCCCAUGUGUAAAGUGCCUAAAUCAACUUUGGGGAAAUCGGACUGAAGUGACCGAACAUCUGGUCUGUGAUGGAUUUUUAAGGAACUAUACAAUUUGGAAUAACCAUGGGGAAGCAUCAUCUUCACACACCCCUCUCCGUGAAACUCCAGUGGAACUUGACUCAUCAGAUACCUAUGAUGUUACACAUAACAUGCUAAAUGAGAUGUUCAGAAGAAAUACAGAUGAAAGGAUUGAUGAUGGUGGCACAGGUGUGCAUAUAGAGGGGGAAAGUAUAGCAAUGAAGAAAUAUGAACGGUUGAUGGAAGAUGCAAAUUUACCAUUGUAUCCAGGAAACGAAAGGUUUACAAAACUAUCUUUCAUUCUUCGGCUUUAUCAUAUUAAAUGUCUCUGCAAGUUGAGUGACAAAGCAUUCUCAUUGUUGCUUGACUUAUUGAAAGAAGCAUUUCCCGAGCCGAAUUCGUUACCGAAGUCUUUGUAUGAAACCAAGAAGAUUAUUAAAGACUUAGGCCUGAAUUACGAGAAGAUUGAUGCAUGCCGCAACGAUUGCAUGUUGUAUCGGAAUGAGACAGCAAAUGCCAUGUCUUGUUACAAAUGUGGCAUAUCAAGAUAUAUAUCAGACGAUAAGAAGAUCCCAGUCAAGAUAUUACGUCAUUUCCCUUUGAUUCCAAGGUUUCAAAGGUUAUAUAUGUCGUCUAAACUAUCAUCUGAUAUGAGAUGGCAUCAUGAAGAGCGUGUAGAUGACCAGAAGUUAUGA